AUGAAGAAGAAAGACAUUUUCCUCCGGCAUGCGCCCGAAGAAUGGCAGGAAAGCGGAGAAAAGUUCUAUCGAGCAUCUAUUCUCUUGGAGUCCGAUCCUGGUUGCCAAUUCAAUCUCACUGUCGACGUGGAGUACUUUGCCCUUACUACGGAUUGGAUUCUCUGGAGCGACGUCAAUAACAUCACAAUGAGCGACUACAUGAGUCCUGAUCCUACCGUUCGAUUCAAUGAACACUGCCACGAGAGUGAGAUUAUUAUGAUGAGUACGCCAUGGUGGCCCAGGCAGGAUAUCACGCCGAACGACAGAUUCCUAGAAAACAUGACGAUGCUUGCAUAUGCAUGUCAUUCAAGCCAUAGCAUGGCCACCAUUCCAGCUCGUGCCACAGUCUCAUCAGGGACAUUGUCCGUCGAGUUCGACGAGAAUCUCUUUCACCAAAUCCGCACGCCAGUUCCCCCGACCGUUCUUGACCUACUCGAACUACGCAAGAUUUAUACGGACAUUAAAUGGAGCGAUUUCGUCCCGCAAGAGUCUAAAACAUCUGAUACUAAUAUCGACCUAUUUGAUGUUCCCUUUGAGGGCCCAGCUGCGAUCCUGGGUGUACCAUACAACUUCAGUAUCCCACGAAUGAUGGCGGAUUCUCAACUGCCUGUGUUCGCUGCUCAAUUUAGACGUCGUUUUUUCGCAGAAACUGUUGGUGGUUCUCUGCAACGCACGGAAGUUUUGGAAGAACGUUCUACGGCUGGUCAUCGACUUGGAUCUGUCCGGACAGUGCUAGUCAGCGGGCAAGCCGCCUGGAUUAUAUGUGCUCUGUUACUCAUUUGUUGCUUCUUCUUUCUGGGCAUCCUGUGGGAGACACAAGCGGCUAAGACAACUCUGAACAUUUGCCAAGAUCCCAGUACAUUGUUGGGUACAAGUGUAUGGGGCAGCGGUGAUGCGAUAGUGUUGCGCAGUUUCACAAAACUCGACCUCGCCACAAGAAAGACGUUGAAAGAAGAACUUGCUGGAAAAGUCUUCUAUUCCAAGCAUGGCAAUCUUCGAGAAAGUGAGGCCAACAUCCAGGACGAUCAUGAGAUCACAAUCGCUAUGUCCGCUCUCUUUGACUCGGGUAAUGGCGUCUUGACUUCUUUCUCGGAAAUGCCCCUAGCAUUGGAGCUGCGAAGUGUUCCAUUUGUGCAACAGAUAUCGGUAAACAGAAAUCAACCUACCUGGCUGUUCAACUACACCAUCGACGAGAAAAGUUUCUCCAGCGACCUUAGCGACUUGGUGUGGGACAAUCUGCAGAGCCUGUCAAAAGACUGGAUGUACACCGCUAUUAUACAUACUGCGCUAGAGGGCCCAAAACCAGUGUGGAGCCAAGAUGAUUGGAGUUUUGUGCCUGUGUCUUCCGAUGUGGAAGGCUUCGCCUCAGCUGAGAACAAUAGUUCAGCAGAUACGGGCGACCGCUCCGUGGAGAGCCUGAGAGUCCAAACAUCCGCGAUUCGUGCUCGCCUGGAAUGCAGUGCUGUUGAGUGGUCCAGAAACACGAGCCUGUGGCUCAUGUCGCAGAACGAAGGAUAUGGACGUAACAUUACUGGACUUGACAACUAUUUCACGAUAGCACGAAUCGUUGAAGAUAGCGAUUCCACGACUUGGCUUUCUACUCAAGGCAGCAUUCCACCGUGCUGCGCCAAUCUCACUGGAAAUGCAACGUACAAUCCAGCCGCAGUUGCUUAUUGGACGGAGAAUUGGCAGAUGAAUCAUGACCCCGAGGACAGUCGCGGUUAUCGUACAUCUGGAAACUUUACAGUCAAAUGGAUCCGAGGCCCUGGAAAGGUUGAACGAGUCAUCAAGGGUAGGCGCCGUAAGCCGGAUGUAUACAUGUUCGUGUUUCCGGAGCCGCCCGCUAUACAGGCAUUGAACUGCAUGCCUGUCUUUGAGUCGAGCCAAGCAGAAGUUACGGUCGAGCCCAAAACCGGUGUCGUACAGCACUAUCGCAUCCUUGACAUUCCUUUUCGGGAGGAUGUCGCUUGUUACGGGCCCUUGUUCGUGCAAUGGCUCUUGAAUGCCGCAAACAUCGAUGGGCCUUCCUCUAAGAGUCCACCCCGCACAUACGAGAACUCCCCAAGACCCAACCCUCAAUAUUCAGAUGGCAGGGCCUUCAAUAUGCGAGAUAACACAACAGGUCUCAAUCUCGAUUUCAUGUCGUACGCCGCUUACGCACAAGUGGGAUUUGAUCCUACCGCCCUACUAGAUCCGGAAGUCUUGGCUAAAACAUCCUCAACUGUCUUCUCGACCUUCUUUCAGCACUUUGUGAACAGCAACCUGUCUCGCGAAUCCGGCGGUUAUGUCUACCAACCCAGGGGCACGAAGCUCAAGAUCAAUCCCCCAAUGGACGACAUGCCAAUCCAGUACAUGCCUGACGGUUUCAUAGCGCCAAAGUUCGAAGAUAUCAUCCGCGAUACCAAUGCAACAACAACAGCAGAACUAAGCACCCAGGUCGAAGUUCUCCAAAUGAAUCUUGUCGCGUUCUGGAUCGCCACAAGCAUUUUGAUCUGGCUUAUCAUCACCAUCAUCAUUCUCGGAUAUGUGCAAAGAAAAUACUACGGCGGUAUGAUGCGCAACAUCGAAUGCAUUGCCGACGUGCUGGUUCUUAUCGCUGGAAGCGAGCGUUUGCUUGAAGUUAUCAGAGAAAAGGGCUUCGAUGCUAUAGUCAAGGAGGACAAGAUGUUGACGCGUAUGGGAUGGUUUCGAGACGCUGAUGGAACCAUGCGAUGGCGGAUUGACUUGGUUGAGGAAAAGCAAGUCAAGGUGCAGCCUAUUCGUUUGGGCCCUGGGUAUGUGCCCGUCACGAAUGGCACUGAGGAGCGCAACACAGAUGUUGUGUCUAAUCGUAGUGUUUCCACACUGGGCAACGACGAAGGCCAUAUGGAUGCUGCGUCGGACGUUGGCGUCACCAUGUCGGGAUGA